UUUUCUCUAUACAGCUCUGUGAACCAUUGAAGAUAGAGCCAAUAUACCAACUAACCAGACUAGAUUACACCAAUUUAUCAGACCCCCAUUUUCUCUCUCUAUUUCUUUCAAAUCCAAACACAGCUCAAAACAAAGAGGAAAAUAACAAAGGAUAGGCAAAUAUAAUUAGAAAAAUACCAUUUGCUUUGGAGACUGCAAGAAGUGUAAGCUUGCUCUCCUCGCAACUCUCAAAGCUGUAUUCUGUAUCUCUCUAAUGCCAAAAAAUAUUGCUCCUUUCUGCAAAAUCCCCACAACCCCAUAAACCAAAACACAUGCUCCUCCAUAACUUUGCUUAUAUUAAUCAACACAUCACACCCUACUUCUUCCCUCUUUCCAUUCAUCAACUUUCUUCUACUUCCAAACUAUUCUGUGUUCUUUGUAUGUUUUCUUGAUUUGGGUAUUUCAAGAAACUAGCCAAAGAUGAUAACUUUAUCUGAUUUCUACCAUGUUAUGACUGCUGUUGUGCCACUUUAUGUGGCUAUGAUAUUAGCUUAUGGUUCUGUUAAAUGGUGGAAGAUUUUUUCACCUGACCAGUGUUCUGGUAUUAACAGAUUUGUUGCACUUUUCGCAGUUCCACUUCUCUCUUUCCACUUUAUAGCUGCUAAUAAUCCUUACACUAUGAACAUACGGUUCAUUGCUGCUGACACUCUUCAGAAACUUAUUGUUCUUGGAGCUCUUGCUAUUUGGGCUAAUUUUAGCAAAAGGGGUAGUUUAGAAUGGAGUAUAACACUCUUUUCUUUAUCAACUCUUCCAAAUACUUUAGUUAUGGGUAUUCCUUUGUUAAAAGGAAUGUAUGGUGAUUUUUCAGGGAGUUUAAUGGUUCAAAUAGUUGUACUACAGUGUAUUAUUUGGUACACUUUGAUGCUUUUUAUGUUUGAGUUCAGAGGUGCAAGGAUGCUGAUCUCUGAGCAAUUUCCUGAUACUGCUGGCUCAAUUGUCUCAAUCCAUGUUGAUUCUGAUGUCAUGUCAUUAGAUGGUAGACAAGUUUUGGAAACUGAAGCUGAAGUGAAAGAAGAUGGAAAACUUCAUGUUACUGUGAGAAAAUCAAAUGCCUCAAGGUCUGAUAUAUUUUCAAGAAGGUCGCAGGGAUUUUCUUCUACAACUCCAAGACCAUCAAAUUUAACAAAUGCAGAGAUUUACUCUCUACAAUCUUCAAGAAAUCCAACUCCAAGAGGGUCAAGUUUUAACCAUACUGAUUUUUACUCAAUGGUUGCUGGUGGGAGAAACUCAAACUUUGGUGCAAAUGAUGUUUAUGGGAUGUCAGCUUCAAGAGGACCAACUCCUAGACCUUCAAAUUAUGAGGAAGAAAGUGGAAAAUCAAGAUUUAAUUACAACCAUGGAGCUGCAGCACAACAAAGUAAUACUAAUAAUAAUACUACUCAUUAUCCAGCUCCAAAUCCUGGUAUGUUUUCACCUAGUAAUGGUGCAAAAGCAGUGGGUUCUAACACUAAUAACAAGAAAGGUAACAAAGGAGAGGAAGGUGGUAAAGAUCUUCAUAUGUUUGUUUGGAGUUCAAGUGCUUCUCCUGUUUCUGAUGUAUUUGGUGGUCAUGAUUAUGGAGCUAAUUUAGACCAGAAUACAGCUAAGGAUGUAAGAGUACCUAUCUCUCCUGGAAAAGUUGAGGUGCAAAGAAACAAUCAAGAAAACUACAUGGAGAGAGAUGACUUUAGCUUUGCAAAUAGAGAUGCAGAAAUGAAUAUUCACAACCAAGAAGGUGAAAAAGGUGGAGAAAAUAAAGCAAAGGUUAUGCCACCAACAAGUGUAAUGACUAGGCUUAUACUAAUUAUGGUUUGGAGGAAACUUAUUAGAAAUCCAAACACUUAUUCAAGCUUGUUUGGUCUCACUUGGUCUCUAGUUUCAUUCAGGUGGAAUUUGAAGAUGCCUGCUAUAAUUGCACAGUCCAUAUCUAUAUUGUCAGAUGCAGGACUUGGCAUGGCAAUGUUCAGUCUAGGUCUGUUUAUGGCUUUGCAACCAAGGAUAAUAGCAUGUGGGAAUUCUACAGCAGCUUUUGCUAUGGCUGUGAGAUUCCUUACAGGUCCAGCUGUCAUGGCAGCUGCUUCCAUUGCUGUUGGCCUUCGUGGAGUUCUCUUACACGUAGCCAUUGUACAGGCAGCUCUACCCCAAGGAAUUGUCCCCUUUGUCUUCGCCAAGGAAUACAACGUUCACCCUGACAUUCUUAGCACGGGUGUCAUUUUUGGGAUGUUGAUUGCCUUGCCGAUUACACUGGUCUACUACAUUUUGAUGGGACUUUAAUUUGAAGAGCGACUUGAUUCCAUGCAAAUUAAUAUUAGUGCAGCCAUGCAUGGAGAAGAAAAAAAAAAGCUCACAGCUUUUGUUUAUGGUUGGUCUUAGAUUGAUAAGAAGGAAAAGAGUUAUAACAAAAGUGGUGACGAAAAAGCAAAUAGCAGAAUGAACAAAAAAGAUCACUGCUAGCUGAAAAAACUCUCCCUCGUUCAAAUGUCUAAUUAAUGGAUAUUGUCUUUGGUACGUAGUAAGUGUUGUAAAAUCAUGUUUGUAGUCUAUUUAUUAUCAGGAAAAAGAAAAUUUUAAUUCCUAGUAGUAGUUGCUUA